AUGGAGGGUGUUGCACCUGUCUUCGGUCAGAAGAAGAAUAUCGGGGCUAUACCAAACGGCAAAACAUUGAUGCGAUCCUCGCCUUCGUCAAAUGCUGAAAUGAGCCACACUUUCGAUCUAUCCUCAGGCGCCGCCUUCUGCGUAUUUCUAGCCGUCAAUCUGCUAGCCUCUACAUACGCCCCUAUACAGGACUGUGACGAAGUGUUCAAUUACUGGGAACCAACGCACUACAUCGUCCAUGGGUUCGGCCUACAGACUUGGGAGUACUCGCCCGAGUAUGCCAUUCGAAGCUGGCUAUACGCCUUGAUCCAUGCAAUACCUAGCAAAGUUGCGGCUGUUUUCGUUUCGAAGAAGGUCUUCGAGUUCUACUUUGUUCGUGGGGUGCUCGGAUCGAUCUGCGCAGGCUGUGAGACGCGCCUAUUCUCUACCAUUUCACGGACAAUGAAUCCGAGGAUUGCUGUGAUCUUCUUGCUCGCUAUGGUAUCAAGUUCUGGGAUGUUCCAUGCAUCAGUGGCGUACCUGCCUUCAAGUUUUGCGAUGUAUACCGCAAUGAUGGGCGCAGCAGCGUUCAUGUACGUCAAAAAUGGAUUGAAAACCACCGAGGGAAUCAUGUGGUUUGGCAUUGGAGCAACUGUCGGGUGGCCAUUCUCCGCAGCUCUCAUUCUGCCGUUCGUUCCUGACGAAUUGGCAUGUCUAAAGCGGACUUCCGAUAUAAACGGGGUAGCAUCCAGGGUCCUCGGUGGUGUGUUGAGGACCUUGGCCAUAGUGUCUCUUCAGUUGGCUGUCGAUCUGUUAUUCUACGGCAAGCUUGUGUUUGUCCCUUGGCGCAUUGUAUCCUACAACAUCCUCAGUGGCUCAUCACGCGGGCCCGAUAUCUUUGGAACUGAACCUUGGCACUUCUAUAUCCGCAAUCUACUUUUGAAUUUUAAUGCAUGGUUUCUGCUUGGUAUGUGUGCCGGACCGCUUCUUGGGCUGCAGCUUCUAUUUACUCGUCUGUCCUCGACAAGAUGGACAACCUUGAGAAGCAUGAUGAUCAGUACUCCAUUCUAUAUGUGGCUUGCCAUUUUCUCUGCCCAAUCUCACAAAGAGGAGAGAUUCAUGUAUCCCGCGUAUCCUUUUCUUUGCCUAAACGCUGCCUUAGCCCUGCACACUGUGCUCAAUUACUUGGGACAUCUGAGCCCAAAAAGCGUUAUUGGCAAAUGUUCAGCAAAGGUGAAAUUGGCCCUCGUUAGCGGUUUUGUGCUUGCCAUUGCCACCGUUGGAAUUUUGAGGACCUUGGGAACCGUGAGCGCGUAUAGCGCCCCUCUCGAAAUAUACAAACCAUUGCAGAGCCCAGAAUACGCCGACAUGCAAGGCAACGUCUGCCUGGGAAAAGAAUGGUAUCGGUUUCCUUCAUCUUACUUUCUGCCAAAGAACAUGCGACCCAAGUUCGUCAAGAGCGCCUUUGAUGGCUUGCUUCCUGGCGAAUUCAGCGAAGGAGGGACCGUCUCUGGAAUCCUUCCUACAUGGCUUAUACCUCCUGGUAUGAACAAUCAGAAUAUUGAAGAUCCGGGCAAGCACGUCGAUGUUGGUCAUUGCUCGUUCAUGGUGGAUUCGACCUUCCCUGGAUCCGAGUAUUCGAUGCUGGAGCCGAAUUAUAUCGUCGAUGGGAAGAACUGGGAGCAAAUACUGUGCCAUAAGUUUCUCGACUCCUCGCAAACCCAUCCAUUGGGUCGCAUCCUCUGGUUACCUGACUGGGAACUCAUUCCAGCGAAGUUUCGAAGACAAUGGGGCAGGUCUUGUGCUCCAAUGGCAUCAGAAUUUCUUCUUUGGACUGCGGAAAGGCCUGCUGACGGAUUCACCACGUUGAUCGCUACGAAUGCAAGACAGUUCUUGUAUGCUGGAAUUGUUGCCGUCUUAUUCGCUUGGCUUCUGGCCACCAAGUUGAUCAAGCGCAACAAGUCAAUUGCACGGAGGGAAAAGUCACCGGAUCUCGAGAAACCCAUUUCCAGGAAAGGAAACAUAUCUAAGGCUCCUGAAAGGUCUCCUGGAGUAUGGACACCCGUUGAAUUCAAACGACCGGAAGCAACUCCCUACCCGGCCUGGGACGUACACAAGACAGACCCGCUGCCAUAUAGACCAUUCAGGCAUGGCCCGUACCACAUCACUAUGGGUCUGCGGACGAUGCAGUGGGAUGAUUGGAUCGAGCUGGAUAAUCAUUACCUGAAAUUCCAUGCCGACAAAGCACGGAGGAUAGAAGAAAGAGGCGAGAAAUGCUGUCGUACAGCGCCUGAGGCAUAUGAUGGUGCUGUGGAGCUCCUUGAAGAACUCUGCGAUUACCUCCCUCAGCGAUACCCCACCCUCUAUCGCAAAACUGUCGUGGGUCUGGACAACCUCGCCACGGGUGAAACGUUCAACAUUCUCCAACGCCCCCUCCCAGAGGACCCUAUGGCAAUGUGUGCCCGACUCGUACAAGAUGAUCUAGCUAUAAUGUUCGAGAAGCCGGACGGGCAAUACUAUCUUCUGGCAGGAGCUAUCCUGCUUGCUGGGUUUUGGCGCCUCAGUGACAAAUUCGGCAUGCCUCUGUCCGAGAUUCACACGAGCGGCGACGUUCCUGGCUUCAAGACCAAGCUCGAGAAGGGCAUGACUAAUUUCUUUCGAAGAAUUAAAUGCGAUAAUCCUGUAUUACGGAACAACUACUUCAUGCAGGUUGAUGAUGACUUGGCCUGGAGCCAUAGCAUAGGCCCCGAGGAUGGGGAUGGUUUACAAGCUGCAGGAUGGAGUACUGCGGCAAAAGAUAAAACGAUCGAACAUCACCAUUUUAGAAGCGAGAGGCAGUCUCUGCGACGUUUGCCGCGUAGUGGAGGCGUUGUGUUUACCAUUAGAACCUAUUUCGAGCCUGUCACUGCGAUUGCCAAGGAGCCUGGUGUUCCUGGGAGAUUGGCGAGUGCUGUAAGAAGCUGGGGGAACGACGUCUCGAAGUACAAGGGGAAGGAGAGGUAUCAGGAUGUCCUGCUGGAAUAUCUCGAUGGAGAGCACAAGCGGCAGCUUGAGGAAGGAAUCACGACAGAGGAUGAUGAGAAUGGGAGAUACCCAUUCUAG